AUUGUAGACUCCACGAUUAUUUACACAUAUAUAAUAUAUAUAUACAUAAUACAUAUAUUAAGAAUCCAAAGGGAAGAUUAGAGCAUCAAUAUCGCCGUUUCUUAAAGUUGUUUCUUAGUAUUAUUAGGAUUUAAAGAAAAAGAAAAUUGUAUAGAUUAAAGAAUCCCAUCAUAUAAUUUUCUCUAUAUAUAACAACUUAGAGUAUGAACCAAACGAAACAUAAGUUGAAAAAAAAAACACUCUGAAAUAAGAGGGAAAGGUAUAAAAACAAACAAAAUGUUGAUGCUCUUAUACUUAAUCCUUCUCCUUGUCCUUCUCAUCUUAGUUUAUAAAUUACUCUUCUCCAAAACGCAUCGUUAUAAUCUCCCGCCAGGACCACCGUCGCGUCCCUUUGUUGGCCAUCUCCACCUUAUGAAACCACCGGUCCACCGUCUCCUUCAACGUUUCUCCGAAAAAUACGGCCCAAUAUUCUCCCUCCGUUACGGCUCCAGCCGCGUCGUGGUGAUUACUUCACUUUCACUCGUACAAGAAUCCUUCACCGGAACAAACGACGUCAUCCUCUCUAGCCGGCCGCUCCAGCUCACCGCUAAAUACGUCGGCUACAACCACACGACCGUCGGAACCGCUCCUUACGGCGACCACUGGCGUAACCUCCGCCGCAUCUGCUCCCUCGAGAUCCUCUCCUCAAACCGUCUCACCAGUUUCCUCUACAUCCGCAAAGACGAAAUCCGCCGUAUGCUCACGAGACUCUCACGUGACGCUCACUCCGGCGACGACGGGAGCCGUUUCACUCAUGUUGAGCUCGAGCCGCUUCUUUCCGACCUAACGUUCAACAACAUCGUGAGAUUAAUGGUGGCAGGGAAGAGAUAUUACGGCGAUGACGUGGAUAACAAGGAAGAAGCAGAGCGGUUCAAGAAGCUCGUACAUGAUAUCUCCAUGUAUAGUAGCGCCAAUAAUUCAAGAGAUUACUUGCCGGUGCUGAAACUGUUCGGAAACAAGUUCGAGAAGGAAGUUAUGGCUACAGGUAAAUCCAUGGAUGAGUUUUUGCAGCGCUUGCUCGAUGAUUGUAGGAGAGAUAAAGAUGGUAACACAAUGGUCACGCACUUGCUUUCUUUGCAACAACAAGAGCCAGACUACUACAGUGACAUCACUAUCAAAGGGUUAAUGAUGGCAAUGAUGCUGGCCGGGACCGAGACCUCAGCCAUUACCCUAGAGUAGGCGAUGACGAAUUUGCUGAAACAUCCUCAAGUGUUGGAGAAGGCGAGAUUGGAGAUCGAUGAGAAGAUCGGAGAAGACCGUCUCAUCGAUGAACCAGACCUCGCCGAGCUUCCUUACCUACAGAACGUUGUCUCAGAAACCUUUCGGCUGUUCCCGGUGGCGCCACUUCUAGUCCCUCGCACGCCGACAAAGGAUAUGAAAAUUGGUGGCUAUGACGUCCCGCGCGACACUAUAGUGUUAGUUAACGCUUGGGCUAUACACAGAGAUCCAAAGCUCUGGGAUGAUCCAGAAAGGUUUGUUCCGGAACGGUGUAACAACGUAGGUGGCAGCGAGAACUACGCUAAUAAGCUGAUGCCGUUCGGAAAUGGCCGGAGAAUUUGUCCCGGCGCUGGAUUAGGGCAGAGGAUCGUGACACUGGCGCUUGGAUCAUUGAUUCAAUGUUUCGACUGGGAAAAUGUGAAAGGCGAAGAAAUUGAUAUGACGGAGAGUACUGGAUUAGGCAUGCACAAGAUGGACCCAUUACGUGCCAUGUGCAGACCUAGGCCUAUUAUGGCGAAGCUUCUAAUCUAG